AGCCAGCCAACGUUUGGUUGGCCCGGAGAGCUCCUCCGUCACUCGCCACAUUUCAGCCUGCCUCCCCUGACGUCCGGCGGCGGCUCGAGCCUCCAGCACCACCCGCUCUCACUCGUCCCCCUCUGAUGCGGCUCCAAAACAUGGCGGCACUCACAGCCCUGUGCAGAGCGGAGCGUAUGCUCUUCAAAGCCCUCCCCGGUACCCGCGCGGCCAAAUUAAACUUCGCUGUCCACCAAUUGAGCAAGAGCUGCGGCUGCUACUUUUCCACCUCCAGCCAGCGGAGUUCACAGUUUUACGCCGAUCCUUUAGAGGCAGUAAAGGAUAUUCCUAACGGAUCUACUCUCCUUGUAGGAGGUUUUGGAUUAUGUGGAAUACCAGAGAAUCUUAUCAAUAGUUUACUGAAGACCGGUGUUAAAGGCAUCACUGCAGUCAGUAACAAUGCAGGGGUGGAUAACUUUGGCCUGGGCCUCCUGCUCCAGACUAAGCAGAUCAAGAGGAUGAUCUCCUCCUAUGUCGGAGAGAAUCAAGAGUUUGAACGACAGUAUCUGUCGGGGGAGUUGGAGGUGGAAUUAACACCACAGGGUACUCUUGCAGAGAGGAUCCGGGCCGGGGGUGCUGGGAUUCCAGCCUUCUUCACAGCCACUGGCUAUGGCACUCUGAUCCAGGAGGGAGGCUCCCCUAUCAAGUACAACAAAGACGGCAGUAUUGCCAUUGCCAGUGAAAAGAGAGAGGUGAUAGAGUUCAACGGCAGGCACUACGUCAUGGAAAAGGCCAUCACUGGAGACUACGCACUCAUCAAGGCAUGGAAAGCUGACAGGGCAGGAAACAUUGUUUUCAGGAAAACAGCCAGAAACUUCAACCAGCCCAUGUGCAAAGCAGCCAAAACUACCAUCGUUGAGGUGGAGGAGGUGGUGGACGUUGGGACAUUUGCCGCAGAGGACAUCCAUAUACCAAGCAUCUACGUCCACAGGGUUGUCCAGGGCUCCAGCUUUGAGAAAAGGAUUGAGAAACGCACAGUGAGGAAAAGCCAGGAAGAGAAGCCCAAACCAAAGAAGGAUUCAGACAUUGUUCGUGAGAGGAUCAUUCGAAGAGCUGCUCUGGAGUUUGAGGAUGGGAUGUACGCGAACCUGGGUAUUGGUAUCCCCAUGCUGGCCAGCAAUUUUAUAAAACCAGACAUCACCGUUCACCUCCAGAGUGAAAACGGGAUUUUGGGACUGGGCCCGUACCCUACUGAGGACGCAGUCGACGCAGACCUGAUUAAUGCUGGAAAGGAGACGGUCACUGUGCUCCCUGGGGCUGCCUAUUUCUCCAGCGAUGAGUCAUUUGCCAUGAUCCGCGGGGGUCACGUCAACCUGACAAUGCUGGGAGCCAUGCAGGUGUCAAAACACGGAGAUUUAGCCAACUGGAUGAUUCCAGGUAAAAUGGUGAAGGGAAUGGGAGGAGCCAUGGAUCUGGUGGCCAGCGCUGGAACCAAGGUGGUGGUGACCAUGGAGCACUCAGCGAAGGGAGGAAAACACAAGAUAUUGGACAAAUGCAUCCUGCCUUUGACAGGGAAGCAGUGUGUGGACCGGAUCAUCACAGAAAAGGCGGUGUUUGAUGUGGAUAAGACAAAAGGCCUGACUCUGAUAGAAGUGUGGGAGGGGCUUACUCCUGAAGAUAUCAAGGCAUGCACUGGCACAGAUUUUGCAGUGUCUCCCAACCUGACAGCUAUGCAGCAGAUUUAAAAGAGUUUCCACUGGCACUGAGAUGUGGGUUUCUUUUGGGUUUUUUUUUUAGUUUUUGAUGCUUCAGGUCAUCGUGGGAAAAAAGCCUCAAACUUGCAUACAAAAGACAAAUGCUUGGUUCACUUCCCAGCCAAUCAGCUUGCAAAAAAGGGAACGGUUCUGCUUUCAGUGACUUGUAAUGGAAUGAUUUUCAGGGACACAGCACACGGUUCCUCUUGUUUUGGAGUCAUUACAUUCAUAUGCCACACAUUUAAGUUAAUUUCUACAUUAUUUGUGCAGCUUUCACCAAAUAAUAUGAAGUUACUUUUCUUCUAGGAAUACUUUUAGUUUUCAUCUGUAGGUCCCUAAUGGAAAGCUUAACUUUAGUAUUUUUUAACCGGCACCUGACAUAAAACCUCUCUUGAAUCACAGUUACUGUAAGUGUAAUAAGCUACUGUAAGAUACAGCUGAACAAACCUCUUUAAUCACUUUUACUUAAUAAGUUACUUUAAAUUAUAGCUGAAAUGUGUUGAAUUAAAAAGCACACUGUAGCUCAAGUGAUUACCCAUCCAUUAUGAAAUAAGAUGAAUGUAAACGGUAAAUAACAGCAAAUGCAUUUUUUUCGUAUUACACUUUCAGUGCAGUGUGUCAUUUUGUUUUUACUACAUAUUUGAAAUGAAGGAGAUGUAGUUUUAUCAUUCUAACUGAGCUUGUUUGCAGUAAUCACCUCUGCUAUCACAGCCAGUCAGCCUCCGAUAUUUCAUAGUUACUGGGCAGGUCGUAUAUCCUUACCAGAAAACAGAUGAAGCCUUACUUUUUUUUUUGGUUUUUACUCUGAUAUUUCCACCUCCCCUGAGUUUGUAUGUAAAAUAAAGUACAACCUGGUAUGCAGA